CAUGAGGCGCCUCGGUCUCAAAUAGAAAGCCGAAGCUCGGACAGUGGGACCGGGCGUGUGUGGGGAGAAGGGGGGUGUAGGAGCCGGUGUGACUCGAGACGAGGAUGGGUGACAUAGCACAAAAUGAAGCAAGCUUCUACUCCAACGCUGAGGGCUACUGGAAGGACGUUCCCCCCACAGUGGAGGGCAUGCUGGGAGGUUACGGCAGCAUCUCCAGCAUUGAUAUCAAUGGCUCCAAGGCGUUCCUGCAGAAGUUUCUCGGUGAGGGGGAGGGGAAGACGGGGAUGACCUGUGCUCUGGACUGUGGGGCCGGUAUCGGGAGGAUCACCAAGCGUUUGCUGCUGCCUCUGUUCAGGACUGUGGACCUGGUCGACGUGACGCAGGAGUUCCUGGACAAAGCUAAGAAUUACCUGGGAGAGGAGAGCAAGAGAGUGGGGCACUACUUCUGCAGCGGCCUGCAGGAUUUUGUACCAGAGAGUGGACGCUAUGAUGUCAUCUGGAUCCAGUGGGUCAUUGGCCACCUGACAGAUGACCACCUGGUGGACUUCCUGCAACGCUGCCAGAAAGCCCUGCGCCCCAACGGCCUCGUCAUCAUCAAGGACAAUGUGUCGUACGAGGGUGUGGUCCCCGACGAGGUGGACAGCAGUGUCUGCCGUGACCUGGAAAUAGUACGCAGUCUGGUGCGCAGAGCGGGUCUGAGCAUUGUCCACGAGGAGCAACAGAUGGACUUCCCUAAGGAGAUCUACCAAGUCCACACGCUGGCUCUCAGAUAGAGGACAGGAAGUGGCCUUUCUCUAUUUAUGAUCUGUCUGGACGUGAUCUGCAGUGUGAUGUAUCUGUGCAGCGCGUGUUGCUAACUGUUAGCAUCAGUGCCCUGCUAUGUGCUUAUUGCUGAGUCGUCGUUUCUGGCCUUAGGGUUCAGUCACACUACACCUCUGUGUUGUGAACACUCACUCUAUCUCCCAUUCAAGAUUCAACAUGGAUAAAUUCAAGCAUGUACUUCCUGUUUCAGUGUGAUCUCUACCAGGCUCACAGGUCAGAGGUCACAGCGGGCAAAUAGAAACUCAAACCGCAGCAUCACUCCUACAGACAGUUUACAGUUUGUGUGACCGAACCCUGUCGUCCAAUGGAUGUGGAUUCAGUCAUGUUGCAUUCAUGGUCCGAUGUCCACAGUCAGCAGACAUGUUUCCAGCACUGAGAGCUGUUGCAUUGUUGUUUAUUAUGUAAUGAAAACACACUUUCAGCUUGUUGAUGAUUGAUGUGUUUAAUUACUAUAAUACACACACACACACACACUGUCUCACCUUUAUUUCCUGAAUACUGUAUAUUAGCAAAAGGAAAACCAUAGAGCUGACACAGUUAGUCGAUUGAUUGAUAGGUCAAUCAACAGAAAAUGAAUCAACUAUUUUGAUAAUAAGUUAAUUGAGUAAUUUUUAAAACAAAUAUGGCAGACGUCUGCUUGUUCCAGCUUCUCUCCAUCUUUGGCUUUGGACAGAUCGAGAGACUUUGGAGACUGGGAAAGUGUGAUGAGUGAUUUUCAACAUUUAAUGGACAAAACCGAAGUAUUUGGCAAAUGAAAAUAGAAAAAUUAGUUCCAGCAAUUCCAUCAUGGGAGAAUUUACAUAAACGAUAAAAACAAGUUGUUCUGUGAAGUCAAUAACAGAAGGCGUCAUGUCCAUUAAAUAUAGACCUGAUGCUUCAGAGACAACAGAAGAGUAAAAGAAUCCGUCUCAGGAUCUGUGAGCAGGACGCUCUGGUCUGGUAUCCAGUGGACAACAGCUGGAGUGUUGGUGGAUCAUGUCCAGCAGCAGAGACACUGGGAGUUAGCGACAGCAGCAGUGGACUCUUCACUGACUUUUACCUCAGGGAAACUCAACCAUAAACAAAACAAACCACCGAUCUGAGACAAUGUGUUUUUCUUUUCUCCAGUUCUCGGGUCACAUGACUAAUUAUCACAGUCAACUUUUUUUUAGAACAUGACAAUUAUACAACACGAAACUACUUCAGCUGGACUCCACUCUGAAUAAAGACUCAUGUAGAGGA